AUGGCCGCAGCUUCAGAUCUGGAUCAAUUACCGGACGACAAUGAGGAGCAUGCACUGGACAUCGAGGAGCGCUCAGUCACUCCCAGCAUUGCGCCUGAACCAUUGAGCCAUAUCCACCAGGAGAGUAGCGUCGACCAGCCGAUCGCAAACGUGAGACAAGGAUCCAUACUUGAGAGUUUUGGAAGUAUCGGACCCUUGGGCGAUCUCGACAGGACCACUGAACGCGAAGAAAACUUGGGUGAAAUCUGCGAGCUUCAUGUGUACGAGACACGGUUCAACAGUAAGGGCGAAGAGGUUGUUCUUCAGAUUGGUGCCACAGAAGGAUUGGAUAUCGAAGAGAUUCGCAGUCCAGAUGCGGCCUUGGUAUUGAUGCGGAAUUAUGAUGCUACCAAGGCUUUGAAGGGCACCACACUCGAAAUCAGGUCGCCAUACAUGAGAAAGGCGAUGGCGGAAAUAAUUAGAGACUACCCCGGCGUUGACACCCAAACGGCGGGCAUUCUCAAGAUAAGUGGCAAACCACAUUGCGUCUUUCACUACCGCAAAGAGCUUUAUGCUUACGCGCAAGCAAGCGACGAUGAAGAUGUCAAGGAACACGUCACGUACCUGCUAAAAUACAUGGAACAAGCUCUUCGAAAAGAAAUCGCGACCUACGAAACCCACAUGAUGGCCAACACGGAAAGCCCUGGCUUGGACUUCGAUAGUUUGUGGAUGACUUUCCGACCAGGCGACCUUUUGUACCAUAGCAGAAACGGUGAUGGUCAGAUAUGUCGACUGAAAUCCAUGCGAAUGGAAACAGAUAACCUGAGACCACUUCGAUAUGCCAAAUAUUGGUAUCUGAGAUGCGAAAUCAUCAACUGCGAUGGUGAGGAUUUUAUCUAUUCGUGGGACGACACCAGAAUCUUCACGUAUGACGGUUACCGGCCCCUUUCCAACUUGAACAUUAUACCAUUACAGUUCCACAAGGAUCAAAUGAGUAUACGCGAAUCACUACUGGUCCGAGGAAAAACAUUCCUCUCUUUGCUGGGUGUGCAUCACCGGAGUUAUCGUGGAACCGCAAGGUUCUUCAAGGAUGAUAACAACAAUCAUAUCGAUGAUGACUACAAGGUCAAUGAGAAGUAUGAGACUUUUGAGGCAGACGGAAGAGUCAUCGUGGACUGUGAGGAGUAUGCUAGCAACAUUGAUGGAAGCAUUAGUGAAUUCUUACCAGGCUCCAAGCUCAUCAGUGGCGAAGAGAAGGACUAUGAGAAGCUUUGCGAUGAUGACAUCCUCAUUUGUUCUCCCGAGAUCGCUGGCUUCUCGCUUCAGCAUCGGCGCUGGGGGCUCUUCAAAGUGAGCGGUUUAGGGACUAUUUCUUUCAACCAAGCGGCGUUUGAUGCACUUGUUCUGCCAGAGCAGUACAAGGAACUGCUUAAAUCCCUUGUGAACGCGCAUCAAAAGAAGUUAUCGAACUUUGACGAUUUGGUCAAAGGUAAAGGGAAAGGCCUUCUCUUCCUACUGCACGGAGAUCCCGGCGUUGGUAAAACGCUGACUGCAGAAAGCAUUUCAGAGCUCACUCAACGACCUCUAUACACCAUCGGUGCCGAAGAGCUGGGCCAGUAUAGUGCCACCAUUGAACGCGAGUUGAAGCGGACCCUCAAGCUGGCGACCAGAUGGAAUGCCUUGGUGCUUCUCGACGAAGCAGAUGUUUUCAUGGUGCAAAGAUCGUCCCACAACAGUCGUAACGAUUUGGUAGCAGUCCUCCUCAGAAUCAUGGAGUACUUUGAAGGAGUCAUGUUCAUGACGACAAAUCGACUUGAAAGUAUCGACCCCGCGUUUGCAUCGCGCGUCCAUCUAAUACUAGCCUAUCCCCGGCUAAGCAAAAAAGCCCGUCGCACUCCCUACGUCAUGGUCUAA